AUGGCCAGAGGUAAGCGCGGCAAGCAAAAAGCAGAACGGGGCGAACCAGAGGAUGACAUCGAAGAGGAGCCUGAAGAGGAGCUGGAGGAGGAACCGCCAGACCUCGACAUCGAUGCCAUCGCUGAGAAGGCCGUAAGUUUUGCAGUCAAAGCUUCCAGUCGUAGGGAUCCUGGACAACUGAAGCUGGAUGUGGGGCUCGGUCCAGAAAAUUUGUAUUUGCAUGGUACUGGGGAGAAUGUCUUCGACACUUCGGCCGUAGCCGGUCAGUACCAGGCCAGCGCAAGCGACCUUUGUCGAUCACAGGUGCAAGAGGCGCCUUCCCGUGCGCACCUGGACGGCCUCCAGCAACGGGAGGUGCGGGGCACCGCUGUGCGCCCUGUCAAUGACAUCAAGGAGAGACGUGAGGAGGCAAAGAAGAACCGGACGGAGAAGCUGGACAAAUGGUUCGGCUUGCCCAAGCAUCGCAUGACGCCGGAGCUUGAGAAGGAGUUGAAGGCUUUGAAGCUCAGGGCGAACUUUGACCCAAAACGGUUUUACAAGGCCAACGACAGGCAGGAGCUGCCCAAAUAUUUCACGAUCGCCACGGAGGUUGGCGGUGGCAUGGCUCCUGUCGGACUCCACACAAAAACGCGAGAGGUCCAUGCCCACAGUGGCCGCAGCUUCUUGGAUACCAUCCUGCAGGAUGAGACUGUGCAGUCAUGGACGCACAAGAAGAAGAGCGAAGUCAAUACGAAGAAUGCAGCGGCACUGAGCAGCGGGCAUGGCAAGCGGAAGUCCGAGGGGGCGAAGAGCACAAAGCGCGGAGGUGCUUGGAAGAAAAAGCGAAAAAGCUGA